UGCACUGAGCCUUUUGGUUUAUCAUCUCCAAGAACAGCAGAUGGUCCGGAUAAGUCAUCAGUGCUAUUAAUAAGUCCAACCUUGGAGAGCCCAAAAUCUGUUAACUGUAACGGGUACCUCAAAGUACUCAAAAGAAUCUCAUUGCCUACUGCAUUCAAGAAAUGCGACAAUUUCUUUUGUGGAAAUCAUGAGAUUAACCUUGAUGUGACCAUCUGGGCCUAUCAGCAGAUUGUCUGGCUUCAAGUCCCUGUGAAUAACAUUCAAAGAGUGCAGAUCUGGCAAGUUCCAGCAGCUUACGUAUCUGUCGUUCAAGUUCAGAUAAUGUUCUACGUCCACUCAGAAGAAGCUCUAUCUGAUUCAUUCGCGGAGUUAUUAAAGGUGAACGGGGUGUCAAGCUGCCAGCGGAUGAUUCUUUCUUGCAAUGAUCAGGUGUUGGAGCUCGUGCUUCACAAGAAACAUGCAACGAAUUAUGUAAAUCAUUCUCAA